AUGGUACAAAUGGAUUCAGAUGGAGAAUGUGUAGCUGUUGGACAAAGUCCUAUUGAUGAAUUUCAUCGUCAACAACUAUUAGUUUUUGGUUAUUUAUGUUUAGCUUUAUUAUUAAUAUUACCAGCUAUUGUUGUAACAACAUGUUACAUAUUAAUGAUAAUUCAUUAUAUUCUUAGGAAACGUUCAAAUAAAAAUUUUAAUGGUUUUAAUUUACAUAAUUUACAAGAUAUUUUAACAUUACUUGUAAUUAUUUGGUCUGCUGAAUCAACGAUAGCUAAUAUACUUGAUAUGGUAUUAUUUUAUGAUUUUAAAAAUUAUGGUUAUACUAAAAUAGGACAAAUAAUUCAAAGUUCAACUGAAUUAGUACGUAUAAUAUUUUUUGUUAGUCGUACACUUAGUUUAUUUAUUUGUAUUCAAUCUAUUCGUUCUAAAUUUAUUGCACAUAUUCAAUUUAUUGGUACCUUUUUUAUUAAACUAUUUAAACGAUUGUUAAUGAGACAAUGA